GAAUGUGACCACUGCGCAUGCUCAAGUCAUUACAUGUCGUCGGUAUGACAGGUUUUAUAACCUGAUAGUCGUCAAUUUUAAUUAUUAAUAUCUCUCUUCGCGGAGCAGAACGACUCUUUUUACUUACAGAUUCGUGUUCUACGCACAAAAAUACACGAUAUUGUUAAGUUUUAACCAAAUUGGUGAGGUAGCCCAUUUCCUUCAGUAUUACCAUAAAUCGGAAGAAUUUGUAUAAAUGGGUGAUUCUCUUCGACGAGAGGUUUUGCAAGUCUUCAAAAAACUUCAUAGAACAAGAUUAAGAACAUUUGAAGGUGAUGAUUAUGCAUUGCAAGUAGUGAGGGAUAAGAUAAACAAGGAAUAUAAAAAGUAUAAAAAUGUUACAAACCAGAUGGCAAUUGAGGAGUUAAAUAAAUUUGCAAAAGAAGUUGAACAUGAGAUACGAACAACUGUCAUACAAGCGGUUGAAACAGCACCUGGAAGAGUAGCGUUACGACUUACUUCAGAUGUCUUAGUGGACAAUGUACCAUACAAAGAUCAGAAAAAUAGUAAAUUGGACAAGGAAAGCAAAGGCUAAAGUUAAACUGACAAUCUAUAAUAUUGAAGAGUAUUAACACAGCAAUGUAUCUGAAUAAGUAUUGUUUCUGGCAUGUUGUUCUCAAUCAUAAUCAUGUGCUGUUAGAAUUGUAGCAACUGAGUCUGUAUUUGUUAACAAAUUAAUGUUUUUACGAUAGGAAAACUUAGAGCUCUUAUGGGAAAAAACUCAAAAGGAUACUGAAAAAAUAUAAAAAGUAAUAAUUAAAGUAAUAAUCACAACAAAUGAUUUGUAUGGUUGAAUACUUCAUUAUCGGUGAUCAUUACAUUAUUAAUAAAUCAUUAAAAUCA